GCGCUGUCACUGGAAGGCAGUAGCGGCCAGGCGCGUGCACGUGUUGCCGGCGAGUCGCUUUGAAAGAGGAGCCGAGCUCAACGGGAACGGAUCUUAGAGGACGGGUUCGGGACCGGAGGAGGAUUUCAAAACGGGACAGCCGGGCCCAGGGGGUUCUAUGUCUGGCUUCAGCAAGAAAGCCGUUCCGAGUCGGCACUGCUGCUGCAGGUGGUCGUCGUGGGAGGGGCUAGCAGGGAACUGUCAUUCCCAAUGACUUCAUCGUUAUCCAAAUAAUAACAACACGCAGAUUUGUAUCUAGAUUACAAAGGGUCAUAUACAUAACGCUGAAUUACAUUUAAUUUAUUUUAAUAAUAACAAUUAUGAGCAAUUACCCGGACAGGGCGUCUUUGAUAAGCGCAGAGAGCCCAGAUAAAAGCAGUCCCUCAGCCGGCGGCAGCGAUUGGGACCUGGGCAACGAUGUGUUCGUCUGCUGCUACGAGGAGCCGGUGGAUGGAGAGCGGAUUCACGGCGGGAUGCACUCUGUUCAGUCGGGUUUGGACCACCACCUGCUUUCCCUUCGCACCCGGCAUCGCUCUGCCGAGGAUGGCUUGGUGUUGGGCCUAGUGGAGGAGACUUACUCCAGCUUCCAUCAUAGCGAUUCUGACACCGGCCUCGAUUACCUGCACGCAGGGGAGCACGAUUACAGGGAGAGCGACGCCGGUUUAUCCCCUCCCUUCGAUACCAGGAAACGGACCCGCUCCAGCAGCUCUCGGCACCGCUACGAGGUUGUCACAGAACUGGGACCCGAGGAGGUGCGCUGGUUCUACAAAGAGGACAAAAAGACAUGGAAGCCCUUCGUAGGAUACGAUUCUUUGAACAUCGAGGUCAUGUACCGCAAGUUCUGCGAACUCAACCCAGACCAGGCUCGGCGCCCGGGGACAAGGGACACAGAGGAGGGGAGUGGGGUGGCGAAGGAGGUGGGCGCAGAGGAGGGAGCGAAUGUCGGGGGAUCAAGGCAAGGGUCUCUUGAGAAAAGAAAUAGCGAAGAUGCAGGAAGAGGGACCGAGGUAAAAGCAGAGGCUGUGAGGGACCCAAAUCUGAUCAGCAUCAAUUUUGAGCCCGUGUGUGUCAGAGGAGGGCUGUAUGAGGUCGACGUGAAAGAAAAGGACUGCUACCCUGUGUACUGGAAUCAGCAGGACCGGAUCCCGGUGAUGAGAGGCCAGUGGUUCAUCGACGGCACAUGGCUCCCCUUGGAGGAGGACGAGAGUGACCUCAUUGAGGAAGAGCAUCUGAACUGCUUCCGCGGACAGCAGGUGCAGGACAACUUCGACACAGACGUGGUUGCCAAGACUAUAGACAGCAAUGACGUUUUCUCCCGCCUCCCCCCUUUCUACCUCCCCUUUCUGUUCAAAUGGAGAGGAUAUCAGCCGAGCGCUGACACUGCAUGUCACAAGCGAAAGCGUUUCGAAGCCAUCCACAGCCUGAAGCUGAGCCGCAGCCAUGUAGACUGGCACUCUGUGGACGAAGUGUACCUCUACAGUGAUGCCACCACUUCCAAAAUUGCCCGCACCGUCACGCAGAAGCUUGGCUUUUCCAAAGCGUCGAGCAGUGGGACCCGUCUCCACCGAGGGUAUGUAGAAGAGGCCUCUCUGGAAGACAAGGCCCCUCAGGCCACGCACAUCGUCUUUGUUGUGCACGGCAUCGGCCAGAAGAUGGACCAGGGCCGAAUCAUCAAGAACACAGGCAUGAUGAGAGAUGCUGCAAGAAAAAUGGAGGAAAAGCACUUUUCUGAAUAUGCCUCUGAGCAUGUAGAGUUCCUGCCAGUGGAGUGGAGAUCAAAACUCUCUCUUGAUGGAGACACGGUAGACUCCAUCACUCCAGACAAAGUGCGUGGACUGAGGGACAUGCUGAACAGCAGUGCAAUGGACAUCAUGUACUACACCAGCCCACUGUACAGGGACGAGAUUACGAAGGGUUUGACUCAGGAGCUGAACCGCCUGUAUUCCCUGUUCUGCUCCCGCAACCCCGACUUUGAGGAGAAGGGGGGUAAGGUGUCGAUUGUCUCUCACUCGCUGGGCUGUGUCAUCACAUUUGACAUCAUGACUGGCUGGGACCCGGUGCGAAUGUACCAGCAUGUAGAGCGUGACCUCAAGGAGACUGACAUGAGGUGGCUGAGCUAUGAAGAGCGUCACCUUCUGGAGGAACUGCAGCUAACCAAGCAGCGGGUAAGAGAAAUUGAAGAGCAGCUGUACAGGGUGGAAAACUCCGCUGCUACAGCCUCACCAGCCUUGAAAUUCAAGGUUGAGAAUUUCUUCUGCAUGGGGUCUCCACUCGCGGUAUUCCUGGCUCUGCGGGGGAUCCGUCCUGGGAACAACGGCAGCCAGGACCACUUCCUGCCCAAGUCCAUCUGCCGUCGACUCCUGAACAUCUUCCACCCCACCGACCCCGUGGCUUACAGACUGGAGCCCCUCAUUCUAAAGCAUUACAGCAACAUCUCCCCUGUCCAAAUACACUGGUUUAACACUACCAACCCCGAUAGCUACGAGCAGGUCAAACCGACGCUCCUCAAUCCCGUUAAAGAGACUACCUGUGCCUCUGACACUGAGAGCAUCCCCAGCCCUAGCACCUCCCCGGUGCUGGCACGCCGCCACUACGGAGAAUCCAUCACCAGUCUCGGCAAAGCCAGCAUACUGGGAGCGGCGAGCAUUGGAAAGGGCAUCGGAGGAAUCUUCUUUUCACGAUUCGGACGUUCUAGUGCGAGCAUCGCAGCAGACGGCAGCGCAACAGAGCUGGAGGACAAACGACCCCUGGAGAGCCAGGCUAGCUGCACCCUGUCAAGCACAUCCCAGUCUCAGACCAACCCCGGCAUCAUCGACAACACACUGGAACUGGAGAACCGCAUCGACUUUGAGCUGCGUGAGGGCAUGGUGGAGAGUAGGUACUGGUCUGCUGUGACUUCGCACACGUCUUACUGGUCCUCACUGGAUGUGGCACUGUUCCUGCUCACUUUCAUGUACACAAAGGAGCAGCCUGAUCCCAGCGAGGAUGAUCCAGACCCAGUGUAGCACGCCUGCACACUUGCACCUCGCUCCUUGACACUGGAGGACAGUCUGGAUCCUGUGGAACCCUCAACACUGGAGUCUCGCUCGCUCGCUUACUCUGUCACACAAGAGAACCAUUAGUCCAGACCUGUAAAUGCUGGAGUCUCGUCUGUGAACCCAGACCACAGAGUUUACCCCUGAUCUGCACAUGUCCAUACUACUGGAGCGUAAUUCAUUUCCGAGACCUGGAGUCUCCCACACAAGAAUAAUCUGGAGCCGUUACAAAACUGGAUUGUCGCCCUUACAGAGUCUGCUGUCUGUGUGAUACUUAACACAGGGCAACACCUUCCUGCUCACAAUGAUCCGGGCCUUUGUUCCUCAUCUGAUCGCUGUGCAAACCCCAUUCACUGGCUCUCCACAGUGAUCUGGACUUGUCAACUGGAGACUGUCACGCUUAAGUCAGGAGCCUGCAAACCAAACUCAUUCACUCGCAACUAUUCCUGUCCUUUCUUGUGCACUCAUCUGAACACUGGAGAUGGCCUGCCUCUGUCCUUCACAGGAGUACAGGAAACCCAGUCUGUAUUAAACAUUUUUUAUUAAGUUUUGUCUUGUUUUAUGUGUAACCCAGAGUUUUUUUUUGUUUGUUUUUUCUUUUUAAAAAAUAUAUAUAUAUAUAUCAAUGGCUCGUACUGUUAAGGCUGUGAAAUCGUAUUGUGCUCCUCAACAAGCAUAAUCGUAUCGACCCUGAUGUGCCACUGCGUUCUAGUUUGAUUAUCUUUGAAACGCACAGAGGAUCUGCCUGCCUCUACGGACAGCUGCUGGCAUUAUCCUUCACAAUAUGAGAAACUCGUUUUAGGGAUGAGCUGCAGUGUUCUCCGAUUACCUUAUAUCAUUGUGCAGUUUCAUGACCCACGGAGCUUCCUUUCACUUUGAACAAUGAAAAGCAGCAGCAAAGAAAAAGAAACUGCAUUACGGUGUAUUUCCACAAGAUACAGAAUAUACAGUGCUUUCAAGUGCCACUCCAAUGACUGACGUACAUUUCUGCAGCUUUUGUUUUGUUUGAUCAAAUUCAGCUUGGCUGGUGUAGGAGAGAAUGUUCUCGCCUCCCUACUGUUUCCAGGCUGAAUCCUUCAAACAAGAAAUAAAAGCAAGAGGGACUGAUGUACAAUGUUUACAAUUAAACCUGUAAAACUGUAGUGGUAUGUGUUCAUUUAUUAUUUUUAUUAUCAUCCUCGUUUUGGGUUUUUAUUUAUUUGUAGCCAAACUGCGACACACCCCCAGGAAUAGAGGGGUGAGCGGGGCAGUUUGCCACCAGGCUGGAAGACAGCACAGCAAAGGCACAGGUUUACUACUUCACUAGUGAUAGAAUAUAGAAUGAGCAAGGUCAAGCGAGAAUAUGUAUGAAGUUGACAGGUGUAACUAAAAAAUGAAAACCUGUGUACAGCAAUCGUGUUCAUUACAACAGCACUAAAGCUGGGAAAGGGGUGCAUUCUAGUUUUUAAAGUCAGGAUGCCUGCCUGUCCACAGGGUGUCACUAUUUCUGUUGUCGGCUGAAGUUAUUGUUCUAUGAUAGCUGACAUACUGGCUUCUAAAAGGUCCCUAACUAAAGAUUUCCAGACUAUAUGCUUUUUUUU